AUGAAAACCAUAAAUGCACAAUCGCACAUUCAAACUAAACAUAAUGAUGAUGCUCCAAAAAGAUCCGGUGUUAUUGAAAAAGUUGCUCGUUACUUUCAGGAAAUUGUAACCAUGAACGCGAGCGAGUAUCUACAUAUUUAUUCAUGUUUAUCAAUGAAGCCUACACAGAACAAAACUUUUAUCCACAAAUUUGAAAAGAAUGAAGCUUUAAAGCUUUCGGAGAAAGAAUUCCCUGAGGGAAAAUUCUGA